AUGAGCCAAAUCAAAGAAAUUGAACUAACCAUAAAACAAAGAAACGGAACUUCUUAGAAUCAUCAUCUUCUUCAAUUUCUAUAUAUACUCAAAACCACCACAUCUCUGGUUUAAUCCGUCUCCUAUCAUCAACAACCUUCAAUUUUACUUUUAGCACCCCAACAAAUCCCCACCCAACAAUGCAAAUCCUCAUCAAAAUCCCCGCAGAACAAACCCUAACCCUAGAAGUAACACCAACAGACACAAUCACCAAUCUAAAAUCCAAAAUUGAAGCCAAAAAACGCAUACCACCAGCCCAACAGCGCUUAGUUUUCGCCACCGCGCAGCUCGAAGACGAUAAAACCCUAUCGCACUACAACAUCAAAGACGACUCCUUGCUUCACGUGCUGCUCCGCCUCUGCGGCGGGGCGAAAAAGCGGAAGAAGAAGGUAUUUACGACUCCGAAGAAGGAGAAACAUGAGAAGGAGAAGGAGAAACUUGGGGUUCUGAAGAUGUAUAAGGUUGAUGAUGAGAGUGGUCAAGUUGAAAAGCUGAGGGCAGAGUGUCCUAAAUGUGGACCUGGGAAUUUUAUGGCUAAUCAUGUUGAUAGAGAUUGCUGUGGUAAGUGUGGAUUUACUAGUUUUUUUUCUCAUCAAGUGGAUGAUUCUGCUGUUGCUGCUAGAAUUUAAUGUUAAAUUUUUUUAUGAGUUUUCAUCUUAAAUUGAAUGUUUAUAGAGUGAGCAAUUUAAAUCUCACUGAUUUUCUUCUCAUCAAUGAUAUUAAAUUUAAUUUUUACAA